GCGUGUUUACUGUAGAGGCGGAGCUGGAGCGCGAACAGUGCUCAUAUUAUCUGUUCAUAACGCGUGGACGGAGUAUAUAACAGAAAGCGAAUGGGGAAGCACAAGUUCACUGUUUGAGCUGACAGGUGCGUGUUUUUCAAGUUCUGUCACGAUACAUAGACGCUUCGAUUCAAGACAAUGGCUGAACAUUGCGAAAACAAUGGAAAACCUGUAUUUGAUAAGCCUAAGGUUGAGCUACAUGUGCAUCUUGAUGGUGCGAUUCGAAUAGAGACCAUUUUAGAUGUGGCAAAGAGGCGAGGAAUCACUUUACCUGUCUGCGAUGAAAUGAGAAAUCUGUGCACAGUGGCUGAGCCGUCCUCACUCACAGAAUUCCUUGGCAAGUUCAAUCACUACAUGCAUGUCAUUGCAGGUGAUAGAAAAGCCAUCAAAAGAAUAGCUUAUGAGUUUGUGGAGACAAAGGCCAAAGAGGGAGUGAUCUACGUUGAAGCGAGAUACAGCCCUCAUUUCUUGGCCAACAGCGGUGUGGAUCCUAUACCGUGGAACCAAGAACAAGGAGACAUAACUCCAGAUGAGGUGGUGCAUCUGGUGAACCAGGGGUUUAGCGAGGGGGAGAAGGCCUUCAAAACCAAAGCCAGGUCCAUUCUGUGCUGCAUGCGUCAUGAACCACGUUGGUCUAUGGACGUGGUCGAGCUGUGUAAGAAGUAUCGUAAAGAUGGAGUUGUGGCAAUAGACCUAGCAGGAGAUGAAUCCAUGAAAUGCGAGUCGUACCCAGGUCACAAGAAGGCUUUUGAGGAAGCAGUCAAAAGCUAUGUGCACAGAACAGUACACGCAGGAGAAGUGGGCGCUCCAUCUGUAGUCAAAGAGGCUGUGGACGUUCUAAAAGCAGAACGCAUUGGACAUGGAUACAACACACUUAAAGAUGAAGCUCUAUACAGAAAACUGCUUCAAGACAACAUGCAUUUUGAGAUGUGUCCUGUCUCCAGUAAGCUGACAGGAGCUUGUGGCCCUGAUUUUACGAAACACCCUCUCAUCAGAUUUAAACAGGACAAAGCCAACUACUCCCUGAACACAGAUGACCCUCUGAUCUUCAACUCCACCCUAAACUCAGACUACCAGGUGGCACAGAAAUACAUGGAUUUUACUGAAGAGGAAUUCAAGAGAGUGAAUAUAAAUGCAGCGAAGUCUAGCUUCCUUCCCGCAAAGGAGAAAGAGGAGCUUCUUUAUCAGCUCUAUGAGGCUUAUGGCAUGCUGAACGACACCAGCUUUUGAGCCUGCCACCGCUUUAUACAGAGACGCAGGCUGCAGAGCCUUUUAAGAUGUUUGCCUUUACAUGAAUGUGAAAGUGGGCCCGGAGUCCUUGAAGCGUGACUCAAAUAUCUGGAGAACUCUAUGAAAUAUUUUGUAAACGACACAAAAUUCAUGGCAACUUUGACAUUUAGAAGUACACGUGCGGCCUGUCCACAUAAAAGUUGCAUUUGUCACAUUAAUAUUACAUUUUAGCAUGCUGUUUUUUUUUUCAACAAAUGCUGUCGUCUUGGAGCUUGAAGGACAUUUUUUCUCAUUGCAUUUUAAUGUCCAUCAUCUAAAUAUAUUGUAUUUGAUUGCAUAUGAUCCAAUGCAUAUAAUAUAUAACCUACUAUACUUCAUGUUCUCAACAGUAUAUAGGCCAUUCUACAGAAUUGGUGCAAAGUCAGAGUUGGAAACAUCUUGAAAAUUUUGUUUUCUUCAGAAAAUUGUAAUUAAUGCAAAUUGUAUAAUAUCAAAGGUACACAUUUCUAGUAAUUGUGCAGUUAAUUUUCAUAUUGUAAUUUCAGAAAAUUUUGGAAUAGUCUUCCUCUCCCCAAAUUUUGUCACUACCAAAACACAAUAAUAUAUAAUUUACUAAGAAGGAUUAUAGUUACAUAGUAAGAUUUUGUUUAAAUCUAAAAAAAAGUUUUUAAUUUUAACAAUACUUGAAGUGUAAUGUUUUCAGUUCUUCAGAAUUUUGAAUCCAAUCUUUCUUUGUAAAAGGUGAUUUCAAAGUUCAAAGUUUAUAUAUACAUUGAACCAAACACUAUUAUAACAUCUUAGUUGAUCAUUUAAUAUACUUUAUUUUUGACAAAAUAUCCCAUGUUUCGGUCGUGACACACACAUUUUCAGUAGUGGUGGUGAUCACGAUAUUUAAUUUGCACAGCUGAAUCACUUUCAAGAUUUUAUGUCAAUACAAAUAACUAACUAUGUUGUACAUACGCAGCCACCACAUAUAGCAGACACACAUCUGACAGUAAAUAUCUAAUAUAAAACCUACAUCUCACAUACUAUAUCACUACUAAAACACUAAUGAUUUGCGUAACUGUACAGAGUUCUGUUUAUUUCCCCAAAUAAAGGAUUAAGUGUUCCUUUUUAUCACUUCCGAAACAAUUUUUGUUUUGGAAGUGACCAUUUUUUGAUACUUUUGAGCCUAGCUCAAAGAUGCUAAUCAGCACAUUAGCAAGCACAGUUCUGAACACUGGAAUACUGGCCAAAAAGUUUGUUUAAAUGCAGAAAAAAGAUGUUUGAUAGUGACGUUCCUUAAAGUUGCACACAGAUUUUCAAACUUUUGAACACAUUUACUUCAAAAUGAUAAGACCGAUCUACUCACCAUGUAGCUAUUAGAGAGAGAGAGAGACAGUAAUGAUUCUUGAUAAAAAAAUGUAGGGGAAAUCAGUCUCAGCCAAUGGACUAAAAAAAAACGUACACCGUUUCGGUAGUGACAUGAAAAUCCGGGACACAUUUUUUACAUAGUUUAAUCAUUUAAAAAUAAAAUAUAGAAUAAAAGAUUUGAAUACUUGAAUGCUUUUUAAAUGUUUUUUUUUUAUGUGGGACAACAGUUUGCACGAAUACUGUAGAACGGCCCAUAUAUGCACAGAAACAACAGAAGAGCUUUAUAAUGUGAUGAAGUUAAGCAAAAACAUUUGCACCAAGUUGUACAAAAUUAUUCAGGACUGUGUAUGAAAGGUGCUAUAUGAAUACAUUAAAUGGUAUAUUACAUAGUAUAUUAAAUAUAUUAGACAUGUCCUUAUGUGUUUGACCCACGUCAUGAAUCCAAAACAUUAAACCUGAUAGUGUUUUAUUUGGUGCUUGUGUGAUAUACAGUAUGCAUUUAUGUACAUUAUAUAAACUAUAGGGUAACACUAUAAUAACCACUUUGUUGCCCUACCUUUGUUCUAACACCAGAGGGCAUUUACAAUAGACUUAACUCAGGAAUUGCGUUUCAUCGAUCUAAAGGUUUAGAUUAAGAUUGCAAGUUAAUAAUCAGACUAGUGAAGAAAAAUGGUCAUGGUUGCAAUGCAUAAGGAACUGAGCUUUGUAACUUACUAUAUAGCCAACUAUCAAUACAAAUGAUUUUGCUUCUGAAA